GUAGUACUGAAUGCACCCAAUAAUUCAUCAUGGCGAAAGACUUGAACGUAUGUUUUGUGAUUUUAUGAGGUUGGCCGACAGUUUCGAGCAAGGGUUAAUCGAGUUACAAUAUCUGUAGAGUGCACAAAUAACAGCUAGCUGCUGCAUUUGGUCACGCUUUGAGCAUCGGGGCUGUAACAAUGGAGCAGGAGAAACAUUUGACUGAACAAGAGACUCGAAAACCGGUCACAAAAGCUACUGCGAGGCAUCUUCGUCGCAAGCGGCUCAAAGAUGCUCGAAGAGCCGAGGAACGACAGUAUCUUGAUAUUCUCAACGGAGUGAGCAGCCACAUCAAGGACGAAGAGGCGAACGGUACGACAAAGAACAGUGCGGACAUAAGUGACAAAUCGUCAUUAACGUCGCAGCAAGCAGCUCUGGAACUGGCGUCCGCCGGAUUGGACAAGUCUGUGUUUUCGCAUUCAUCGGUAAAUCUAUCCUUGUCAGAUCCGUUGAAUGAUCUUACCAUCGCCGCUAUUCUGAAGAAACUCGCGAGCUUAGAAAGCAGUCAUGCUGCAACGAAUCUUCCUCCCUCGUACUGCUCGUCCAACGUGGUCGACGAAGCGAAAUCUGUAAAUGGAGCGGAAGAUAAUUUAUCUCAGACGACAAACGGUAAGAAGAAAAGGAAGAAGAGGAAGAAGUGUGCGAAAUCGUCUACUGUCGGCGCGACGUUAGAUGAGGAUUUGCAGAACACAUCCUCGUCGAAUUCUGAAUCGAGUGUCUCCAAUUUGAACUGUGAUUCCAAUUGUUCCGCCAGUAGAUUAGACUCCGAUUCAGUGGGAAACGGGCAAAUCUUGAGACAAAACGUCCUUGUGAACGUCGCCGACCACUCCAUGCAAAGAGACAUCGAGACUGAGAGUAUUGAUAUUAAGAAUGACCAAGUGGAGAUGAGCACAACAAAUCACUGCGUAAAUCACUUAUCAGCGAAUACUGUGAACGGUGGCAGUAUUACAGGAACGAGCAGUGGCCAGAGCGAUUCGGGCGCCGAAUCUAAGGGCGAAGAGACAAACGCGUCUUCGUUGGCAUCUCCGACCGCCAGCACAGCGGAAGAAACGUUUCAUUCCUCGACAAAGACGAGAGAGAAAAUGAGUGCGCAGCACGGGGCGAAUAAGGCUGCCAAGAUGAAAGCGAGCAAGGUAGCGGGAUCCACGAACAGAAACAAGUCUUCGACAGCCGACGAUAAAAGCCUGGGGAAGGGCACGGAAACGGAGACUGUCAAAGACGUAGUGGCGAGUAAAACUGACGUCGUAGCUGACUCGCAGAGCUCACAGUCCGCGAGGAGAACUAAGAACUCCAAACAGAACAGUAUCCAAAAUGACUCGAGUGCCACUUCCAAGAGCGAGAAGUCGAAUGGGUCUCCGCAGAAACCAGUUUCUUCGACCAAGAAGGCAAAUGUAAAAGCUAGCAUUCCGGAAAAAACGAAGGAAGAAGUUAAAGCGCAACGGCAGGCGAAGAAAGCGGCUAAGAUGAAGGCGAAGAGCAAGAAGGCAGCGGAAAGUACGGGUACGGAUAAUAACGAUGUCCAGCAUGAGUCUGCAACGGCUGAUUGUACGAGCCCGAGUAAGAGCGCGGAAACGAAAAUUCUCGGAGACGUGGCGAGGGAUUUGCGAAAGGCGACCGUUGUGGACGAUACGCAGAGUUCGCAGUCUGCGAGAGAAAGUGAACCCAAGCAGAAUGCGGAAGAAAACGAUAUCCAAAGUGGCCUAAUCGCCACCUCCGGCAACGAGAAGUCGGACUAUUGUGCGCAGGAAUCAAUAUCUUCGAUCAAGAUGAUUAAUGAAGAAUCUAGUCUUCCGGAAAAGACAAAGCCUGUAACUGAUUCGCAGAAUUCGCAGCCCGUGAAAGAGAUUGAGUCCAAGCAGAUCACAGGAGGAAACGAUAUCCAGAGUGAUCCAGCCACCGUCUUCAAGAGCGAAGAGUUGAGCGCGUCACCGCCUUCGAUCAAGAUGGCAGAUAACAAAUCGAGUCUUCCGGAAAAGACGAGAGAGGAAGUGAAGGCGGAACGUGAAGCAAAGAAGGCGGCUAAGGCAGCCGCCAAGGCGAAGGCGAAGGGCAAGAAAACAGGAGAAACCACAGACGAUGUUGAGACCGAACACGAAGUCUCGAUAGGAAGCGUCACAACGAAGCCCGUUGUGACCGACGUGCAGAGCUCACAGGAAACUAACGUCGUGGUGACGUCGUUACAGAGUCCUCAACCCGCGAGGGAAGCUGAGAAGAGCUCCAAAGAGACUCAACAUCCUCUGACUGUUCAGCCCGCAAAUGUCGAGUCUUCAGCCGUCUCUAGACAAGACAGUGCGAUUUCCGACGAGAAGAGCGAAGGUAAGAGUAAGGCGGAGUUGCGCGCUGAACGAAGAGCCAAGCAAGAGGCUCAGAGAGCGGCGAAGCAGCUUCAACAGUCCGCAGCGAAGCAACAAGAAACCUCGACGAAGCAGCAACCGCCCUCGACGUCGCAGCAGUUAUCUUCGGCGAAGAGCGGUGUGAGGAGUCAAGAAGCUCCUCUGGUGAAGCCGCAGCAAGCAGCCGGUGAGACUGCGAGCGCGAAGAGAGUCGUGAAAAGGGACAAUGACCACGAGGUGAACCUGUUCAAGCAUCUGUACAACGAGAGGGAGCUCUCUCUGGACAGCGUGCCCGUCAAUUCAAACAUUCACCCGGCGAUCAUAGGUUUGGGCGCGCAAUACGCGGGCAGGACGAUCGUCGGCAGCAACGCGAGGUGCGUCGCGUUGUUGGCAGCUGUCAAGCAGGUAAUCCAGGACUUUGUAAAGCCAGAGCAAGCGGACUUCACCCGCAGCCUCGAAGUGUGCCUGCGGGAUUUGCUCGCGUACUUGCAUCGUUGCCGGCCAGUGGCCGUUUCAAUGCAGAACGCAAUGCGUCAUCUCAAAUGGCACAUGACGACCUUCCCAAUCACCAUAUCGACGGAUGAGGCAAAAUCUAAGUUGACAGGCAUAAUAGACACUUACAUAACAGAACAGAUUGAACUUGCUGGCAAAGCAAUAUCCAUAACUAUACAAACUAAGAUAUCAAAUGGAGAUAUCAUUUUAAUUUAUGGAUUCUCAUCUUUAAUCUGUAACAUAUUAGUGGAUGCUCAUGCUGCGGACAAAAAGUUCCGCGUCAUCGUAGUCGACGGCAGACCGUGGCUGGAGGGUAGAGAACAAUUAAGACGUCUAGUAAAACACGGAAUUGAUUGUUCAUACAUGUACAUCAAUGCUGUGAGCUUCAUCAUGCCAGAAGUUAGCAAAGUCUUUCUUAGUGCUCACACAAUAUUGGCCAAUGGCGCAGUGAUGUCGCGAGUUGGAACUUCGCAGAUCGCUCUCAUAGCGAAGGCUUUUAACGUGCCGGUUUUAGUGGCAUGUGAGACGCAUAAAACAUGCGGACGAGUGCAGACCGAUUCCAUCGUGUACAACGAACUUGGUAACGCGGAUGACCUCGUAAAUUCGCAUCGCAGCUCGAAAAAGUCUCUGCUCACUAACUGGCGAGCAAGAAAAUCGCUGAAUCUCCUGAACAUCACCUACGACGUAACUCCAGCUGAUCUCAUCACUGCCGUCGUCACAGAACUGGCUAUUCUGCCAUGCACCAGUGUUCCUGUGAUCCUACGAAUUAAACCUUCAGAGUUUUAAAUUUGUGUUAUAUUUAUCUCCGUCUCUCUCAAAUGUAAAGAACUUACUUCCUUAAAUUGUCUUAAAUGUGUAUUAAAAAAAAAAAAGAUUUUAUCUGUGAAGUUCCUAAAUACUGAGAAAAGUUAAAAAUGUACGAAUAUAAUUAGAAAAAAAGAAAAACAAUGCACACUAAAGAAGGGGACUUUGUAGGAUUUUUAAGUACCAGGAUACUUAGAUACUACUUACUUAUUUUUUUUGUCAUUUAAAGAUUUCGAUAAUUCAUUCUAAAAUGAAAUUUCUUUAUAUACAAGCUUGCCAAGAAGAUAUGAUUAAGUAGAAAUAAAGAUUAUAUAUGUUUGGCACAAUUGAAGGGGGCUUCCUAAUAUAUAAUCUUUUCUCAAAUAUAUACUUAAGACGUUUUCUGGAAGUAGGCUCUUCGUCUUAUAUGAUGUUAGGAAACUAACACUUACUAGGAAAGGAUUAUAUACGUAUUAUUUGGAAAUUGCUAAAUACAACAUGUAUGGUGUGUAUUUGUUGCGCGACACCGUAACGACUGGAAAAUGAUCACUCAAUAAGUAUAUAUAUCUUGUAAAGUAGACGAGUUAAUAUUGGCUGCGUUCAAUUUUACGCAUUGUACGCACAUUUUCUACAGUAUAUGUGACAUGAACUAUAGAUAAAUGUGCGCAUAUGCGUAACACGGAACGCGGCCAUUGAUUGAUUCAUAUUGCUACGUAUAUAAGUAUAUAAAAAAAUAUAUUACGUUGUGUGUGUAUAUAUAAAUAUAUGUAUAUAUGUGUGUGUAUAUAUGUAUGUGUAUAUAUAUAUGUAUAUAUAUAUGUAUACACACACACGUUAGAAUAAACUUUCUAAAUCAAAUUGCGGCUGCGGAUAUUAGUGAGUUUCGCUUAGCAGGUACCUAACGGGCUUUCUAACGACGAGUGUAUUGAUUACUGUUUUAUAUAUCUAACGAUACGAUGCUAUUUAAUGCAGUGCAAUGCAACACAAAACACGUUAGUUAUAAAAAAUGAAAGGUUCGUUUUUCAUGGAGUUGACUCAUUUUUAAGAAAAUUUUAUUUCCUAAGUUUGAUUUCUGUGUUAUUCACUUUCGUGUUUUAUUGUUUAUUUGCUUUGUUUUAUUAAAGAUUUAUAAGACAGUCAUAAAUU